CAAUAAUUCAAUUCACGACAACAACAAACAGCAGCGGAGCUCGCAGCAGCAACAACAACAGCCGGCGGUGUGGCUGUGGUGUCGCCAAUUGUGGCCUUAAGCAUGUAGUCGCAGUUGAGCAGAAAAAGCGGGCGGUCUAAGUAGCACAAGUCGAACCCCUCAGCGCAGGAGGUUCCACAAGGCAAAACCAAUCAAAUAUAUACACACACCCACACAAACAAAGAGAAACAACACACAAAUGAAAAAUGUCACAAAGAGGUAAGCGCGGUAAUCAGCAGCAGCAGCAGCAGCAACAGCUGCAGCAGCAGCCGCCGCAACAGCAGCAGCGACAAGAUGUUGAGCCGCAGCCGCCGCCCACAAAGCGACGAAAAGGACGACCGCCCAAUGGAGCGCCGGCGACAGCAACAGCAUCAGCAACAGCAACAACAUCAACGACAACAGUUGCAGCUACAACAGCAGCAACAGUUGCUGUUAGCGAGCAACAGUCAAUAUCGAAGCUGCCGAGCAAGGCCAAAUCGGCCAGCAAAAGUAAAGCGCAAAGCAACAGUAACAACAAUAAUAGCAAUAGCAACAACAGCAGCAACAACAACAGCAACAACAAUAACAACAGCAGCAACACCUGGCAAGCGCGCUCCGUGGCCGAUAUUAAAAUGUCGAGCAUCUACAACCGAAGCUCAACCGAAGCGCCAGCUGAACUGUAUCGCAAGGAUCUCAUAAGCGCAAUGAAAUUGCCUGACUCAGAGCCAUUGGCCAACUACGAGUAUCUGAUUGUAACCGAUCAAUGGAAACAGGAAUGGGAAAAAGGCGUACAGGUGCCCGUUAAUCCCGAUUCGCUGCCCGAGCCGUGUGUCUAUGUGCUGUCCGAGCCAAUUGUAUCGCCAGCGCAUGACUUUAAGCUUCCAAAAAAUCGUUUCCUGCGCAUCACCAAAGAUGAACAUUACUCGCCAGAUUUGCAUUGUCUGACGAAUGUUGUUGCACUGGCGGAGAACACAUGUGCCUAUGACAUUGAUCCCAUCGAUGAGGCUUGGCUGCGUUUAUAUAAUGGCGACCGUGCACAAUGUGGCGCAUUUCCCAUUAACGAAACUCAGUUCGAGCGGGUCAUCGAAGAUCUAGAGGUUCGCUGCUGGGAGCAAAUCCAGGUCAUACUUAAGAAAGAGGAGGGUCUGGGCAUUGAGUUCGAUGAAAAUGUUAUAUGUGAUGUUUGUCGCUCGCCAGACUCCGAGGAGGCCAACGAAAUGGUAUUCUGUGAUAAUUGCAACAUCUGUGUGCAUCAGGCUUGUUACGGCAUUACAGCGAUUCCAUCAGGCCAAUGGCUUUGUCGCACUUGCUCGAUGGGCAUUAAGCCAGAGUGUGUGCUCUGUCCCAAUAAGGGAGGCGCCAUGAAAUCUAAUAAAUCGGGCAAACAUUGGGCGCAUGUCUCGUGCGCCUUAUGGAUACCAGAAGUUAGCAUUGGCUGUGUUGAUCGAAUGGAACCGAUAACAAAAAUCUCAAGCAUUCCUCAAAGUCGUUGGGCAUUGAUUUGUGUACUUUGUCGUGAGCGUGUGGGAAGCUGUAUCCAGUGCUCUGUGAAGACGUGCAAGACGGCUUACCAUGUCACCUGUGCGUUUCAGCAUGGACUCGAGAUGCGCGCCAUUAUCGAGGAGGGAAAUGCCGAGGAUGGUGUGAAACUGCGAUCCUAUUGUCAGAAACAUAGCAUGAGCAAGGGCAAAAAGGAGGGUGCACAUACAUCGCAUACAUCAGCAUCCAGUUGCAUGCAAAAGCACAACAACAAAUUCUCUUCGAGCACUGGACAUGCUAACGAGGAGGGGCAUACAGCGGGUGCCAAAGGCGAAGAUCAUCGGAGACGUAAAAAUCAUCAUCGCAAGAACGACAUGACCUCAGAAGAGCGCAACCAGGCGCGUGCGCAAAGAUUACAGGAGGUCGAAGCGGAGUUUGAUAAGCAUGUGAAUAUUAAUGAUAUAAGCUAUCAUUUGUACGAUGUGGAUGAGGAUGCCAUUGAGGCCAUUUAUAAUUAUUGGAAACUGAAGCGCAAAUCGCGACAUAAUCGUGAGUUAAUUCCGCCUAAAUCGGAGGAUGUGGAGAUGCUCGCACGCAAGCAAGAGCAACAGGAUCUCGAGAAUCAUAAAUUGGUUGUGCACUUACGUCAGGACUUGGAGCGUGUGCGUAACCUUUGCUAUAUGGUCAGUCGACGUGAGAAGCUGUCGCGCUCGCUGUUCAAGCUGCGUGAGCAGGUAUUCUACAAGCAGCUCGCUGUGCUUGAUGAUGCAGUUGUGCAGCCGCAGCAGCAGGGAACAACGGACAUCAAGGAGCAGCCUGCUUUGGACACGGAUGCCAUACUCUAUGCAAACGAUGGACCCACUCUUUAUGAUCGGUUCUAUAGCUCGGAUCAGCUAACUGUGCCGGCACAGUAUCAGAGCUUGGAAUACAUAUUAGAGCAGCUAAAGGGUAAAAAGCAGGCACGUGGACGCGCCUCUCAAUCGCCCAACAAGCGCAAGCAGCAGGCGGCGGCUAUCAAGAGUUCGCCCAAAAAGAAACUCAACAAUGGUGCAAUAACUACAACAACAAAUGUAAACACAACAUCAACAACUGCAACUGUAACUGGAGCAAUGGCUAAUAAGGCCGCCAAGCCACGUGGCUCGCCAAGGGCGCCGACAACGGCGUCUACGGCGAUGCCGUGUGCGGGGAGGCGUGCCUCGAAGAGCGGCCAGGCAACGACGGCGACGUCGAGCCAUCAACAACAACAUAAAUUGUCUAAAUCAUCUAAUGCAAUUGGCGGCACGUCCGCCCCUACGUCUAGCGGCAGCUCAUCAUCGGCUGAUUCCAGCUCGGCGCACGGCAGUAGUAGCAGCAGCGCAAGCAGUAGCAACAGCAGCUCCGACUCGAGCAGCGCCACCGAUUCAGGCAGUGAAAACCGCAGCUAUCGCAGUAAAGCACAACCAGGAGGAACAGCUACAGCCGGAGCAGUCAAACCCGUGCGUAAACAAACCUAUGCGCGCAGCGUUGAGCAGCGCAAGAAACAGCGACAGCGGCGUCAAAGUGAGGCAGCUGCGUGUGCGUCUGCAGCGUCUGCGAAUGCACGUACCAGCUGCAGUAGCAGCAGUAGCAGUAGAAGCAGGAGUAGAAGCAGCAGCUCCUCCAGCGAUGAUAACGAGGAACGGACGCAGCGUGUCAAACGUGUCAACAAGUCAACAACUGCAACAGCAACAGUACCUGCCAAAAGUCAAGCAACUAAGUCAAAGCAAAGCACAACUGCAACGAGCACAGCUCGACGAAAAUUGUCCAGUAAUGGGGCAGCAGCAGCAGCAUCAUCUACGGCGUCUACAACGACGCGUGGCCUUGCCCAGAUGGACAAGGAAAUGCGGCAGCAAGACCCCAACAGUUUGUCCAGCGAUGAAAGUGAGGAGUUGCUGCCUGUAAAGCUAGCCGAGCGACAGGCGCGCAAUCACAAUGCAAGCGCAGCAAAUACAAAUUCCACUCCAGCUUCGGCUGGGACAACGGCAAUAACAGCACUGCGCAAGCCUGGUCAGCACAUCUAUUCCGAUUCGGAUAGCUCUACAACAACAACGCCGGAGCGUCAAGCGCCGAAGCGGCUGGAAGAGGAGGAGCAGGCGGCAGCGGAAAGCAAUGUUAGCGACUCACAAAAUCAGCAAACGAUACGCACCAAAGCAGCCAUGAAGGAGUUUGUUCCAGGCACAACAGCAACGACACCUGGAGCAACAACAACUGCAAUAACAACGGCAAACAAAUCAAAAGCCAACAAAUCGAAAGCAAAUGCCCCCGUCUUUCCGCCUGUGGAUCUGCUGGUAGUUCCUCAGAGGCAGGCAGCCAAAAAGGCAAGCGAAAAUAUGCGCAUCUCCACGAAUCUCGCCACUGCGCUGCUGCCCGAUGCUAACGAGCGAUUGAGAGAGCCAGAGCCAAGCAGCAGCAACACUGGAGCAAGUGCAGCCAAUGCCACCAGCAGCAGCAGCUCAAAGAGCAAAUCGAAGGAAGCAGCGAAUCGCCUGCUUGACGUGGAUAAAGCGCGACCGAAGGAACUGCAAAAGACAACAGGCAAAACGGCGGGCGACACGACAGCUGAGCGUGGCAAGCGUGGCAGACCUCCCAAGCAGCAAAAGGAAAAGGAAAAGGAGAAGGAGAAGGAGAAGGAAAAGGAAGAGAAGGACAAGGAAAAGGAAAAGGACAAGGAAAAGGAAAAGGAGAAAGAAAAGCCAGCGCCCAAAAACAAUGAACUAGCCAAGCUUGGCAACUUUGCCGUCUCGUAUGUGCCACAGCGACAGGCAGCUAAGAAAGCUGCCGAACAGCUAAAGAGCAGCGGUGCAGCUUUGAUCAAAUCAAGCCAAGAGCCGAGUACAAGUGCUGCAAAUGAAGAGACGGGAGCAGGAGUUACUGCAGCAGCAGCAUCAACAACAGCAACAAGCACGUCACCCGUGAAGGCAGCCAAACAGCAGCAACAGACGACGCCUGUGCGCCGCAACUCGCUAUUGAAGGAGACCACACGCCGGCGUUCCAAGGAGGAAGUGGCACCAACGCCCGUCAAGCGACGCAUUGCAUCGCCUAAUCUGUCCAGCUCCAGCUCGGCUUAUAGCGACAGCAGCAGCAGCAACUCCUCCAGCAGUAACAGCGACAGCAGUAGCAGUGGCAGCGGUAGCGAUUCAGACAGCGAUAGUGAGGCAACAGCUCAGGAGAAGCGCAAGCCGCCAGCAGCAGUUGCAGCAGUAGCAGCUACUACUACUCCGGCAUCCACGUCCACCUCCACUUCCACCUCAGCAUCCAUCUCCGCAUCCACCUCCGCCUCUAGCUCAAUUGUGCCAAAGCGUUCGCCGCGAAAAUCGCUGGACAAGCCAGCCCCAGCUGUAGCUCCACCUCUGUCCAGUCGAACGCGUCAGAAUUCCACAAAUAAAUCGCCAAAGAGAACGCCGCAAAAGUCGCAAGCGCCGGAACCGCAUGCCACGCCCAAGUCGACGCAGCGUCGCAAAUCCUCGUUAGACGAUCUUACCAAACAGACACCUCCGGAGAUUAAUAAACGUGCGACGCGCAACUCCAAAUCGCGACCUCCUUCACCUGUCGUGGUGAGCCAAGCGAAGGCUAGUCCGGAAAAGCCAACGGUUUCCCGACGCAAAUCUAGAGCGGAAUCACCGAAGAAAACGCCGCCAAAUCUAGAGCAUGAGAUAGCGCAGCGUAAGGCGGCAACGGGUCGAACGACAAGUGCAUUGGAUAAGCUGCUCGAUAAGAAGCAGCAGCAGCUUAACAAUGCCACGCCCACGCCCACAGCAACGCCUACAACAACACCGACGCCUCCAGCCAAGCAGAGAGUCCCCAGUCCUGAAGCUGAAAUCCUUCGGCCAUCCACUGCCCAGCAGGAGUCCGGUGAGCAGCCCAUGGACAUUGAUGAGGAACUAACCACAGCGCCCACACACACUCAACUCUCGGCCAAUGCCAGCAAAUUGGCGGAGCUCUCAGCGGCGGACAUCGAUGAACGACCGCCGGCAGCUCCGUUGCCCGCCUCGCCCACACCAACGCCUUCAAAUGAUGAGCUCUCCGAUGAGGCGGGCAGCGAUCAGAGCGAACGGCGCCGCAGCAAUCGCUGGGGCUCCCGUCGCAGACGCCGGCGCACACGCGACGAGGACGACGAGGAACAGCACACGCACCACACGCAGCAUUUGCUCAAUGAGAUGCAAAUGGUGCGUGAACUGGAGGAAGAGCGCAAGAAUGAGUUGCUUGCGAAUGCCAGCAAAUACUCCGCAUCCACAUCCUCGCCUGCUGUUACAGUCAUACCACCCGAACCGCCAGAGAUAAUUGAGCUGGAUUCGAACUCGAAUUCAGGUGAGCACCAGCAGCAGCAGCAGCAACAACAACAACAGCAAUUGCCUUUGCCGGAGGCUGUUGCCACGCCGUGUGCCGUUUUGGAGCUGCAUCAACCCAUUGUGGAUGCCAUUCUGGAAAUGGAAGAUAGCAAAUAUGGCAAUAAUUUUGCCACCAAUGUAGCCAAUGUUCUCAAUCCGCCCAACUCGGGCCCAAUGACGAGCCUGUUCGACAGCAGCGGCAGUGGCAGUGGAAGCAAGCAAAUCUUUGAGGAGGACAGCACGCUGGCUACGCGUAAUCUGGUCGAGAAGUUGCGCAAGACGAAACGCAAACCUUUGCUGGACGAUUGCAAAGACUCGCUGGAUUUGCUGCCACCCACUCCAGCUAUACCCUCGGUCUUUCCCUUUCACAAUGCAGCUGAUCCUGAAGAUUUGAUACAUGCACAAAAGGAACUCCAGCAGCAGCAACAACAACAGCAGCAGCAGCAGCAGCAGCAGAGUUGUCUCUUUGGCAGCUCAGCACCCAAUUCGGUGGCCAGUCAGUUGACCAUCAAGGAUUCGCCCCUAACAGCAAACAGUGGAGGCAGCUAUGCCAAUAGUUUGACCAAUACGCCCAAUGCCACGCCUACUACAAAUGCAAGUGCCAACAAUUUGGGCUACAGCAAUGUGAACUAUAGUUGUUACCUGAACAAAUCUUCGCCCCAACUGCCGCAUAAGCCAAGCAAUGGCAACCAGUUGGCCACAACUCCAACUGCAACUCCAACCACAUCAGUCUCAGUGGCUGCACCACCGCCCACGCCCGACUUUGUGGAUCUGGCAGCAGCAGCUGUGAAGAACAGCGGAUAUGCAGCGGGCGCUGCGGGAGGUGCUUCGUCGCUGCCUGCCCAGGCUAAUGCAGCCAUCAAUUCAUCCAACUCCCAAUCGAACAACAAGCUGAGCGAUUAUGAUGAAAACACACGAAUGCAAUCGCCGUUUGGAAGGAUGCAGCGUUGGAAUGAGAACGAUUUAAUUGCAGCCCGGCGCAGCAGUUCGCCCAGUUCUGUAUCCGAGUCGAAUGAUCAACCGCCGAGUCAGGUGGCCCAGCAGCUGGACAAGAGCUACUUCAAUAGCUAUGCAGCGGCGGCGGUGAGUGCGCCAGCGGGAGCCGGACCAGCAGUUAAUCAAGGUGCUCCAGCUAGCAAUAACAACAGCGCAGUAUCAGCGGGCAGUGCAGGCAGCGCUUUCGGCAGUCAUACACCACUCGUCAAUGGCAUCGAUGCCAUGUCCAUGUACAACAGUGCAACGCAGCAGCAGCAGACCACGCCCACUCACCCGCAACGCACGCCCAAUAGCCAAUAUAAUGGUGGCAUCUAUCCACAGUUUUCGGCCAUCAUUCCGCAGCAGCAGCAGCAGGUGGUGCAGGCAACGCUUGCUGAGCCGAACUCUCAGACCUUGUUUGGCAACAGCUCGCAGCCUAAUACGCCAUAUGUGAGCACGCCCUAUGCCACGCCCAAUCUGACGCUUACCACAACGCCCAAUCAUCAGUAUCCAGUGGAUGGAAAUCUAACGCCUUAUCCGCUGCUGAGCAGCUGUGCGGAGCAGUUGCCAACGAUGAUGCAGCAGCAGCAGUCAGUGGAUCAGGUGCAGCCAGUUCAGGUGCCUCUGCCCGUGACUGUGCCCGUGGCUGUGCCUGUACCUGUGCCCGUAACCGUACCUGUGCCAGUGCCCAUAGCUGUGCCUGUUUCUCUGCCCCUUCCCAAUAAGGAGAGCAUCUCGCCCACCAAGCGAAGUAGCAACAAUUCUUCCAAGCAACAGCAACAUCAGAAGCAACAGCAGCAAAUGCAGCACAAAUCGCCGCAGCUGCCGCAAGGCAAAUCCCCUGGCAAAUCGCCCAGACAACCUGUUGUGCUGCAUCCACCGCCCACCCCGCCGACACCCAUAACUACACCCACAGUCACGCCCACGCCGACAGUAUCGAAAUACGAUCCGCUAACGCACACGCUGACAGGGAAGCUGCGUCAGCGAGCGCCGCGUGGCAGUGGCGCCCAAACAGGCACGCGUGGCCGUGGACGCGGUCGUGGCCGUGGCCGAGGAGGCAAUGCAUCUAACACUGUUCUCCCACUGCCCCCGGCCAUGUCGGACUAUGGACGGAAUACGCACAUUGUGAGCAAUCUGGUGGGCACGCCCUACGAGUUCAACAACUACGACGACGAGUUGAGCGGUCCCGGUGUGGAGAAUUUGGAAUCGUUGCGCAAUCGUCGACGCAGUUUCGACCGAAAUGCAGGAGCAGCCGGUGGUGCAGCGGCCCCAAGCAACACCACUAGCUAUGCUAGCUGCAAGCUGCGAGGGCAGAAUAAGGCGAAUAAUCCCUUGCUGCAUGCCAUAGUUCAGCCCGUGUUGCCUGGUCCAGUGGACAUGCGCACCUAUAAUCUUGGAUUCGAGGCACCACACAGCACCGCCUCCCAGGAAGCGUACCAAAACAAUCUUCUGGGUGCCUUCGAUUCUGGCACAGCGGAUCAGACGCUCAGCGAGUUCGAUGAGGAAGAUGAACGACAGUUUCAAUCGGCCUUGCGAGCCACAGGAACCACCAGCAGCAGCACCACUAAUAACAAUAAUAGCAGCAAUAACGCGUCACCUAACAAACCACCCAGCGGAGCAAGUGGAGCAGUGCCUAGCAGCCUGCUAAGCAGCGCGUUGCAAUCGAGCGAAGCAAAUCAAGCAGCUCCCGUUAACACGCUCGUUUCCGAGCUAGUGGUGCCUGCGCUAGAAGCCUCGCUGGAAGCCACCUCUGAAGAGAUAUCCAUCGAUUCGGACACCACCACGCUAACCACCAAGGCUUCGCUGAAUCAACUCAAACUUAAAAUCAAAGAACCACUCGCCUAUCCGGAUCUGCACUACAGCAGCGUAACGAACAGCAGCUGCCUCUCAAGUAGUGGCAGCUUGGUGCAAGCGAAUGUGGUGCAAACCACCGUGACAGCGCAGCUGAGUGGUGCCACUGUGGCCAGCACCUCGGCGGCGUGCACGCUGAGUGUGAGCGGAAACUCGCGGCGGAUGCGCAAGAAAGAGUUGCUCAGUCUGUAUGUGGUGCAAAAGGAUACGCUAAAUGACGAUAGCUCGUGUGGUUUGCCGGCUGCUUCGGACAGCCAGCCGCUGGAGAACAUGCGCAAAUCGGAUGCCAGCGAACUGGAUGACGAGCAGCAGCAGCAGCAACAGCAGCAGCCAACGGCCAGUGGCGGCAAUACGAAACGAUUCAAGAAGACCGCAAGCAACAGGGAGCUGCGUGCGCUAGACGCGAAUGCCUGCCUUGAUGAGCAGCUGUUGCCAGCGGGUGGUCCAGCCGGUGCUCAACCUCCGGAUGGUCGUCGACGUAGCGCCUGCAGUUCGGGCAGCGCCGACAAUGGCAAAACUGGAGCGGCAAGCAGUGCGGGCAAGCGACGCGGACGUAGCAAGACACUGGAAAGCAGCGAGGAUGACCAUCAGGGACCCAAGUUGAAGAUCAAGAUACGCGGGCUGCCAGCCACAAACGAGACGAAUGCUGGAUUAUCAGUCAGUGGCUUGGAUGGCAGCAGCAGCAGCUACAGCUACGAGAUGACGCGACGCGCCUGUCCGCCCAAGAAGCGGCUCACCAGCAAUUACAGCACUCCAACGCUGGAGGAGAUCAAGCGUGAUUCGAUGAACUAUCGCAAGAAGGUAAUGCAGGACUUUGACAAGGGCGAGGAUAACAACAAGCGUGAGCUGGCGGGCGACAACGAAACACUGCUGGUCAAGCCAAAGAAGGACAAAAAGGACAAACCGAAGAAGGACAAAAAGGAGAAGAAGCGCCUUAAGCAACAGCAACAGUUGCUACAGUUCAGCAACAACAACAGCACCACCACCACCUUGACCACCAUGACAACCACGCUGAUUGAGAACACGGUCAGCGAUUCGCCUGGCGAGAAGCCAAAGCUUAUAUUGAGAAUCAACAAGCGCAAGGCGGAGACAACGACGACCACAAAAAUUAACUUCGAGCAGCAGCAGCAACAAGAGCUGCAGCAUCAACAGCAACAGCAGCAGCAAAUGGAGGCUCCACUGCGCUUGAAGAUCGCGCGUAUUUCAGCUGGAGGCGCCUACGUCAUCGGUGCCAAGACGGACAACAAGGAGCCAACGCCAGCGUCAUCCGUUUCACCGGCUGCACCUGCUGAAUUGUCGCUGUUGCCACUGGUCGGUGCAUCGCCAUCGCUCACCAACAACAACAGCAGCUUCACGCCUCACUCCCAGAACGCCAAUGCUUCGCCUGCGCUCCUGGGCAAGGAUACGAGCACACCCUCGCCGCCCUGCCUGGUCAUCGACAGCAGCAAGAGUGCGGAUGUGCAUGACUCCACCUCGUUGCCAGAGAGCAGCGGUGCAACGGUUGCCUCAGUCGUGAGUGGUGUUAGUGGCGUCGUGGGUGUUGCUGAUGUUGUUGGCGUCGGUGUUGGUCCCAAUUCGCCGCUGUGCGUUAAUGUGGGCAACUAUGAUAAUAGCAACAAUUCGUUGCCGUCGGCCAGUGGUUCCGGUUCCGCAUCCAGCAAUUCCUGCAACAGCAAUUCGAACAACAACAACAAUAACAACAAUAAUAAUAACAACAACAACAAUAAUAACAACGGCAACAACAACAACGGCACCCGCACGGGCGGUUUACUUCCACUGAAAAAAGACUGUGAGGUUAGAUGAUAAUCAUAAAGCCAGCGUUCGACCAAGCUAUAUAUAUAUAUACAUAU